AUGGUGGGUCCCAAUGCGGUGCGCAUCGGACAGGUGAUCGACUACCAGAACACGCCCCAGAUCGUGGUGGGCAAGGACCACGGCGGCACAGGCCGCGGGGCGGCGGUGAUCAAGCUCACAAUGAAGCACGCGGUGACAGGCGCACGUACCCAGGUGCGGUUCCGCGGCAGCGACGAGUUCGAGGUGAUGACGCUGAUCCAGCGGGACUUCCAGCACCUGUACAGCGACGAGUCGAAGGCACAUCUGAUGGACAUGCAGACGUUCGAGGAGCUGAGCAUGCCGCUGGAGAACCUCGAGGGCGGCAAAGACAAGAUGGCCUUCCUGGAGGACGGCAUGGACGUGGUGGUGCAGGUGCUGGAUCCUGAGCUCGGACCGAUCUCGUGGCGGCUGCCAGCACGGCAUGCGUACAAGGUGCGCAGCGUCGAGGUUCGCGUUGCCAAGGACAAGGGAGCCACAUAUGUGCCGGCUAUCCUGGAGAACGGCGCCAAGGUGACGGUGCCCGACUUUAUCAAGCCAGGAGAGACAAUCAUCGUCGACAUCGACCAGGCGAUGUAUGUGAGCCGUGCGUGA